AUGUCCGCCUCCUCUUCUGCUGCGUCCUCUCCGCCGUCUUCGCCGGCACCAAGCGGCCCCGGUGGCCCCUCGGCCGCCAACGACGCACCCAAGCGGUGCACCAUCAAAAUCAACCCCAAGGCGGCGUUGGCCGCCACACUCUGGAAGUGUGGCGAUCUCACCUGCAAAAACACAGACAUGACCAACCAGCCGCGUGAGAGGACCGGCCGAAAGUUCAUCUCCGACUUCUUCGGCCGCAACAAGAGCGAGACGUCGGCCAUUCCAGACGACGUCUGGGCUUGGGUCUGCCGCAAAGACUACCAGCGCAGCAAAUACGCCAGCGACAAGUCCCCAGACGCCUACAGUUCCUUCUGGCUGUCGGCUGUCAUGACCCAGCUCAUCCGUCUGCAAAUGUGGCGUCCCGAGGCCAUCUUCGAAGUCAAGCUGCUCAACCGUGCCGAAGAGCGACUCAACACCUACAACUCCGCUCUCGUCCAGAAUGGUAACGACACGGCAGCAGCCAAGCGACUUGUCUUCGUCGGUCCAGCCAGUGGCAAGAAGGGCCCUAUUCCAGCCAGCAACGCCGACUCCAUCGACCCAAUCCAGGCCCAGCACAUCAAAGACACCUUCUCCGGCUUCCGCACCAUUGACUACAUCAUCAACUUCAUCUACCCAUGGAUCGAUCAAUCACUCCAGUCCGGCGCUCUCACCCGCAUGCCACCCAUCGAGUUUCUCGUCCAGGAGCCCGGCGAAGACGAGACCGUCAACGACCCUUCCGAAAACUUCCAAAUGUGGCGCGAUUUCCUCGAGCCCAGAUGGACUGAGCAGGACCAACAGGCCGCAAUCGCUCUGAUGGCCCUCAGCAAACAGGAACUCCGCCCCAUGAAUCUCACCUGGGAGGCUCWCCACGCUGCAGUUGCUGAAGACGCCGCCAAGCGCGCCGCCGCCCUCGCAGCUACAACCACUCCACCACCUCACACCGCCGAGAGCGAAGGCCAAUCCUCCAAGUCCAAGGACAAGCCUCGCAUGACUGACGAGGAGAAGAUGGCUGCUGCCCUUGCCGCCACUACCCCUCCACCAUCAUCUCCCACCACCACCACCCAGAGUCACAGCCCGUCUUCCAAGUCCAAGGGCAAGCGUCGCAUGGUUGAUGAGGACGAGCAAGCUACUGUCCCUGAGCUGGUCUACAAUGGUCGCAACGUCGCCAGCAAGAAGCGCAAGAUCGCGCCCGCUGCUCCUCUGAUUGAGAAGAGACGCACUCACAGCAGUGUGAACUGA